GCGCCUGCGCGGCGGGGUUCUCGGUCGCCAGCCAUUCCUGGGGAGGACUGCCGGCGGGUCAGACGUUUCGCCUGUCGCUGGAGGAGAGGUCCAGGCUCUCCGGGAAGGCGGCUGCGGCGGAAAAAUGAAGAUAUUCGUGGGAAACGUCGAUGGGGCGGAUACGACGCCGGAGGAGCUGGCAGCUCUCUUUGCGCCCUACGGCACGGUCAUGAGCUGCGCCGUCAUGAAACAGUUCGCCUUCGUGCACAUGCGCGAGAACGCGGGCGCGCUGCGCGCCAUCGAGGCCCUGCAUGGCCACGAGCUGCGGCCGGGGCGCGCGCUCGUGGUGGAGAUGUCGCGCCCACGGCCUCUUAACACUUGGAAGAUAUUCGUGGGCAAUGUAUCGGCUGCGUGCACGAGCCAGGAAUUGCGCAGCCUCUUCGAGCGCCGCGGACGCGUCAUCGAGUGUGACGUGGUGAAAGACUACGCGUUUGUUCACAUGGAGAAGGAAGCAGAUGCCAAAGCCGCCAUCGCGCAGCUCAACGGCAAAGAAGUGAAGGGCAAGCGCAUCAACGUGGAACUCUCAACCAAGGGUCAGAAGAAGGGGCCUGGCCUGGCUAUCCAGUCUGGGGACAAGACCAAGAAACCAGGGGCUGGGGAUACGGCAUUCCCCGGAACUGGUGGCUUCUCUGCCACCUUCGACUACCAGCAGGCUUUUGGCAACAGCACUGGUGGCUUUGAUGGGCAAGCCCGUCAGCCUACACCACCCUUCUUUGGUCGCGACCGCAGCCCCCUGCGCCGUUCACCUCCCCGAGCCUCGUAUGUGGCUCCUCUGACGGCCCAGCCAGCCACCUACCGGGCCCAGCCCUCAGUGUCACUGGGCGCUGCCUACAGGGCCCAGCCUUCUGCCUCUUUGGGUGUCGGUUAUCGGACUCAGCCCAUGACAGCCCAGGCAGCCUCUUACCGCGCUCAGCCCUCUGUUUCCCUUGGGGCCCCAUACAGGGGCCAGCUGGCUAGUCCUAGCUCCCAGUCUGCCGCAGCUUCCUCGCUUGGUCCAUAUGGUGGAGCCCAGCCCUCGGCCUCGGCCCUCUCCUCCUAUGGGGGUCAGCCAGCUGCGGCUUCUUCGCUCAACUCCUAUGGGGCUCAGGGCUCCUCCCUUGCCUCCUAUGGUAACCAGCCAUCCUCUUACGGGGCGCAGGCUGCCUCUUCCUAUGGGGUUCGUGCGGCUGCCUCCUCCUACAACACCCAGGGAGCAGCUUCCUCCCUAGGCUCCUAUGGGGCCCAGGCAGCCUCCUAUGGGGCCCAGUCUGCAGCCUCUUCACUAGCUUACGGGGCCCAGGCAGCUUCUUACAGUGCCCAGCCUUCGGCCUCUUAUAAUGCUCAGUCUGCCCCAUACGCUGCACAACAGGCUGCUUCCUAUUCUUCCCAACCUGCUGCCUAUGUGGCACAACCAGCUACAGCUGCUGCUUAUGCUAGCCAGCCAGCUGCGUAUGCUGCACAAGCCACUACCCCAAUGGCUGGCUCCUAUGGGGCCCAGCCAGUCGUUCAGACCCAGCUGAAUAGUUACGGGGCUCAAGCAUCAAUGGGCCUUUCAGGCUCGUAUGGGGCUCAGUCAGCUGCUGCGGCCACUGGCUCCUAUGGUGCUGCAGCUGCUUACGGGGCCCAACCUUCUGCCACCCUGGCAGCUCCUUACCGCACUCAGUCGUCAGCCUCAUUGGCUGCUUCGUAUGCUGCACAGCAGCAUCCUCAGGCUGCUGCCUCCUACCGUGGCCAGCCGGGCAAUGCCUACGAUGGGGCAGGUCAGCCGUCUGCAGCCUACCUGUCCAUGUCCCAGGGGGCCGUUGCCAACGCCAACAGCACCCCGCCGCCCUAUGAGCGUACGCGCCUCUCCCCACCCCGGGCCAGCUACGACGAUCCGUACAAAAAGGCUGUCGCCAUGUCGAAAAGGUAUGGUUCCGACCGGCGUUUAGCCGAGCUCUCUGAUUACCGCCGUUUAUCAGAGUCGCAGCUUUCGUUCCGCCGCUCGCCGACAAAGUCCUCGCUGGAUUACCGUCGCCUGCCCGAUGCCCAUUCCGAUUACGCACGCUAUUCGGGCUCCUAUAAUGAUUACCUGCGGGCAGCUCAGAUGCACUCUGGCUACCAGCGCCGCAUGUAGGGCCAUCCUGGGACAGGGCUCCACAGGGAGGGAAGGAGAGGAGAGGGUGGGGUAGGGUGCAGACGCAGGUUAUAACCACUGGCCCAUACCUCUCCUGUUUGCGGUUUUUCAUCCCCUCUACCAUGUGGGCCUUCCCCAGGAGACGAUCCUUUUGAGUGUUCGGCAGUAACCUACUUUAUUCCUUCGCCUCAGCAGCAAAUCUUGCUACUGGCUCUAGAUCUGCGGUUCCCCUCUCCCCUGCCUCCCGUCUCCCCAGGAUGGGAAUUUCUUUUAUGUUUUUAUUUUUUUCCUGGCUCCCUUUUAUUUUUGUGCGCGAUAUUUAAGGUCGUCUGGAUGGGGAAGCAACCUGCAGCUGAGGUCGGCGGCGCCUUUUUCUUUUUAGAUGUGAGGGAGGCCAGGAAAGGGUUAGCUUAACCAUUUCCUAUGCGCCAAGCUGUGCCAGUUGUCCAGGGGGCCCUGACUUUGUCCCUCUAUAGACUGUGUUGAGACUGAGUUCCUGUUGGGACAGUUGGUUGGUAUAUGUCCAGAUCCCUACUGACCCCUGAUGUUCUAGCUGAUGCUGUGCGGCACGGUCCACUUCCCCAUCUCCCCAAGUAGGUGGUGUUAGAAAACCUUAAUUUUUUUUCCCUUUUGUAUGGACUACAAAUAAAACUUGGGGCGAUUUGCAGUUUGGAAA